AUGGCUCUGAACAGUUUAAUAGAGAAAACAGUGCAAAUGCAAAAACAAAUUCUUAUGGCACUGUUCCUUCAAAUCUCUGUGCCCCUGAUUACUCUCCUAAUUCCACUGGUUUAUUUUUUCUAUUCAAUUAUCUUUAAUUAUUAUAACCAGUCCUUAACAAAUAUCGCAAUAACUUGUUUAUCAACUCAUGGAUUUAUUUCGACAAUUGUGAUGAUUAUGGUGCAUCGACCAUAUCGAAGAGCAUUAUUUGAUAUGAUUAGAAGAACAAACAAGGUGGAGGUGCGAGAGGAAUCCUUGAAAACAACCGUAGUUGUUUUUGUUAUUAAUUAA